AUGUCCAGGGCAUCACCAAACCCGCCAUCCAAUGUUUGGCCUGCAGAGGAGGAGUCAAGUGCAUCUCCUGACUCCUCUAUGAGGAGACCCUCGGAGUGCUCAAAGUCUUCCUGGAGAAUGUCAUCGGCGAUGCCGUCACCUACAAUGAGCAUGCCAAGAGGAAGACCAUCACCGCCAUGGACGUUGUCUAUGCUCUCAAACGACAGGGACACACUCUGUAUGAUUUUGGAGGGUAAACCCAGACAAUUACCGCCCCGCUUCAUCGUCAUAAAGUGA